AUGAUCACUUUACAAGCAGAUUAAACUACUCCAUUAAGUGUUUCAGGAAUUUUAAUAAAUGCACCUCCAGAUUUUAGUUCAUUUAUUAAUGUUAGACUUUACUUAGAUGGAGUCCCUGAAUAUUAUCCCUCUUGUUCUUAAAUGAAAUAAUUAGGUUCUACUCAGUAUUAAACAUGA